ACAGGAACCAGGUGGGUGGCCUGGGAGACCUCAGGGCUCACCAGCCUUGGGGAAAACCUAUGAGGCUGUCCUUUCCCUUCCCCCACCUGGGCAGGUGCUUUCCGAAAAGGAUGCGCCUGUGUCGUGAGCGUGUGCGCCCCGGGGUGCGUGUCCUCCGAAGAGGUAUGAAUGGGCCCAUGUGUGCGUGUGCGUGUGCUCUGCCUCCUCCGGCUGCCUGAUGAUCUGCUCAAGACCGAACACCCCCUCGAGGGGCCCCUUUGGCCCAGCUGUUUUCUGGGAAAUGAACAUGCCGAAGGUCAGGCCCUCCUUCCUCCACCCCUUUCUUCUGCGGCUCCUACCCGCUGGCCUGUGCUUCUGCUCUGCUCUGCUCUGCUCAGUGCUGGCUCCCAUCAGACAGCAGACCUCUCAUCUGUACAUCCACCUCCCCGGCAGGCAGGAUGGUCCAGGACACGUUGACGGUGCGCGGCAUCGAGGUGACCCAGCCCACCCACAUCGACAUCCACAUCCACCAGGAAUCCGCCUUGGCACUGCUGCUAAAAGCCGGGGGCUCCCUGGUGGAGCGCCUUUCUCACCGUCCGCCCAAGGCCAGCACGAGCUAUGGACAGUUGACACUCGGGGUGACGCAGGUGCUGCUGGGGGCUACCAGCUGUGCCGUUGGAGCCCUUCUCUACCUGGGCUACGGGACUGAUCUGCGUGCCUCGGGCUGUGCCUUCUGGGCAGGCUUUGCGGCCAUCGUGGCGGGAGCCGGGGCCAUCGUCCAUGAGAAGCACCAGGGCAAACUUUCAGGCUUCGUGUCAGGUCUGCUCACGCUGGCGGGCGCUGCCACGGCCGUGGCUGCCGUUGUCCUUUAUGUGAAUAGCUUAACCCGGGAACCUGACCGCCUCUUCAACAUUGGCUCCAUGUGUGAUUCCUUAGUCCCCACCACUGAGUCCCCACACGGGGACUCCUAUUCAUCAUGGGAGGAGGAUCGCUGCAGAGCCCACAUGAAGAUGGUGGUGGACUUGUUCCUAGGAAUCCGUGUUCUGCUCCUGGCUGUCUCUGUCCUGCAGAGCCUUGUGGCCUUGGCGUCCCUGGGCCUGGGUCUUCAGAGCUUGUGCAGCCCGGCUCCUCAAGCCCUGGAUGAGGAAGGGUCAGAGAAGCUACUAGGGGAGAAUUCAGUGCCUCCCUCCCCCUCCAAGGAGACCACCACGGCUGUCAUUGUCCUGUGAGCAGCCAAAGACCCUGCCGGGACAGUCUACGCUCCCAGGGCCACUGCCCUGUCCCCCCAUUGCUUCCUGUGGUGACACCCUCCCUUCCCCUCCACCCCUCACCCGAAGUUCCCUCUCCAGGUCCUCAGUUCAAUGAACAGGUAUUGUCGCAUGUCCCCCAAUGCUGAUUAAACAGAAACAACCACAACAAAUACGUUCGUGCAGAAAG